CAUCAUCACAUAUCUGUAACUCUAAGUCAGUCUGUCCUUUUGUUCAUAAUGAAAAGAAAACCUGAGAUUCAUGUGUACAGUUCAGUCACGCCAUGAACAAAUCAAAGCUUCUUACUCAAAAAAUGAUUUAAAAAAGGGAAAAUAUUUCUUUCCGUGACAGAUUUCUGGUUGUAUUAACAAACUCCAAAGAAUAUAUAAAUACAAGGCAAAGUGAGCAUCUGUCUCGUGCUGCUGGUAAGAAAUGCUCGCCUUAGUUGCAGCUUUCACUACACAGUAGCAGGAGUUGGUUGGGCUUGACGUGCCGAGACAGCUUGUACACGACCCAAAGCCUGUUUGGCCUCACGUGGUAUGAGACUGUAAUCCAUUACCUGGAAGACAAUAAGUUAUGGGAGAGGACUAACAAACCAACUCCAAAACACACCAGAAGCCAGAAAUGGUGGAAGGUUAGGCUCAGGGCUAGCAACUCCAACUUGUAAAGAACCUUUAUGCUAUAGAAACGUUGACAACAGAAAGACAGAAUCAAAUCCUGGUACAGGAGGAUUCCUCAUCAAGAGGAAAGAUGACACUGUGUGAUGAAAGCCACAAAGUCAAGGAAGUCACAGAGCCGAACCCCCUUCUGUCAACCAGGGACAUCCGGAUUGGAACGUGGAACGUUAGGACCAUGUAUGAGACCGGAAAGACCAUGCAAAGUGAGCAAGGCUCACAUUCCCCCCCGCACACUGCUUGACCUCUACUAAAGUAAGGCCAAGGGUUUUUCCCUUUUGGAAAAAUGUCAAAAAUGUAGGGCACCCUGGACUUCUAAACCCCCGAAAGGCAAAACUAGACCAGGGCGGCCCCGUGUGCCAAGGCCUGGCCACCAGAUGCUCACCAGCAAGCUCCCCUUGCAGGUCUGGCUCCAGCGGGCGGCCCCGGCUUCCCUUUUCCGAGCCGAUUCUGGACGACUCAUGUAGGGUCUGUGAAUCACUCUUGGUCUGGCCCUUCCCCUUGGACCUGUUUGCCUUGGGGGACCCUACCAGGAGCUAUUCCCCCCGACAACACAGCUCCCAGGGUUGUAGUUUCUGAGAUACAGACAUUUUCUUUUCAUACUACCUGUAUAUCUAGUAUUUGGGCACAUGACUGCUGUGGAUAACUGUGCCAAGAGAGCAACACAUUGGAAUUACAUUCACAUUUGGUGAACAUUAACAGAAGAUCACACCCUUGGCUUGUAAGUGAUAUUGCUUCACACAGAAUUGACCUCUGGACUGAUAAAAGUCCGACUAACCCGAGAUGACGUCAUAUGAUUCUUUUCACUGAGAAGAGACAUGAUUACAAAAAAAACUUGAUUGACAAAAAAUUUGCCAUUUCGACUGAGAGAGGACGGCUACAGGAGGGAAUACUGGAUUACUGCCUCUUCAACCUAACGGUUACUCAAGAAGAAAAGACUCAAACUAACUUUGACAGUGAAAUUUCAAGAGAAGAAGGGAGUGAAAGACGACGGGCUGAGCCGUCUGCCUGCUGUGUUUUCAUCUUCACUCGGAGACUUAAAUGGCGUCCAGAUUAGAGGACGAUCUCUGCUGUACUGUUUGCCACGACAUCUUUAAAGAUCCUGUCAUCCUGUCAUGUAGCCACAACUUCUGUAAAGUCUGUCUGCAGAGCUGGUGGACAGAGAAACACGACCAAGACUGUCCAGUUUGUCAGAGAAGAUCUUCAAAGAACGUACUACCUCCUAACUUGGCUUUAAAGAACCUGUGUGAGAGGUUCCUACAGGAGAGAGCUCAGAGAGCUUCAGAGGCUCUCUGCAGUCUGCACUCUGGGAAACUCAAACUCUUCUGUCUGGACCAUCAGCAGCCGGUGUGUCUCGUCUGCAGAGAUUCAGAAAAACACACCAACCACAGAUUCAAACCCAUCGAUGAAGCUGCACGACGACACAAGAAGGAACUUCAGGAAACUCUGGAGCCCUUAAAGGAGAAGUUAAAGGUUUUUGAAGAAGUUAAAGUGAAGUUUGAUAAAACAUCAGAACACCUGAAGGUCCUGGCCCGACACACAGAGACGCAGAUUAAGGAGCAGUUUAAGAAGCUUCACCAGUUUCUAGAAGAGGAAGAGGAGGCCAGCAUGGCUGCACUGAGGGAGGAAGAGGAGCAGAAGAGUCAGGUGAUGAAGGAGAAGAUGGAGGCUGUGAGCAGAGAUAUAGCAGCUCUUUCAGACGCAGUCAGAGCCACAGAGGACGAGCUGAGAGCCGAAGACGUCUCGUUCCUGCUCAACUACAAGGCUGCAUUGGAAAGAGUCCAGCAGCGCCCCCUGCUGGAGGAUCCACAUCUGGACUCAGGAGCUCCGAUAGACCAGGCCAAACACCUGGGCAACCUCAACUACAACCUCUUGAACAAGAUGAAGGACAUGGUCUCCUACUCUCCUGUGAUUCUGGACCCAAACACUGCUGGUCCAGAACUCGUCCUGUCUGGAGAUCUGACCAGUGUGAGACGAGGAGAGAAACAGCUGCUUCCUGAUAAUCCAGAGAGGAUUGAUGAUUACCGAACUGUCCUGGGCUCCGAGGGCUUUAACUCAGGGACUCACAGCUGGGACGUCCAGGUUGGAGACAGUACAGACUGGUCACUGGGUGUGUCAGCAGAGUCGGUCCAGAGGAAGGGGGUGAGACGGUCUGGAUUAUGGAGAAUAUGGUUAUAUAAUGGUGACUACUCAGCAGCUUCCCCAUCAGGUCCAUCCUCUGUUCUCGUAGUGCAGAAGAAGCUCCAGAGGAUCAGAGUGAAUCUGAACUGGAACGAAGGAAAACUGUCGUUCUCUGAUCCUGAUAUGAACACACACAUACACACCUUCACACACACUUUCACUGAGAGGAUGUUUCCAUACAUUCACACUGUGGAGAAUCUCCCUCUGAAGGUUUCACCAGUGAAGGUCUCUGUGACUGUAGGACAACAGAAAUAGACGGUGAUGAUGUUUUGAGAGUCCGAUCUAUUGAUCGGUGAAUAACUACUCUCUUUUAGGUGAUAAACAUGGAUGAACUGCCUUCUCAAAGUUCUAUUAAAUGUCUUGGUGUAGCUGUCAUGGUGAUGUUAGAAACCACUACAGCAGCAAAUAAGAAUUUUUUUUAAUAGGGCUGUCAAAGAUAACGUGUUAAUAACACCUUAACACAAAAUCGUAGGUUUUGGAGGGUGUAGCGGGCUCAGUUUUAAAACUAGAGUGAAGACACUGGCAUCAUAUCAACCAUGUCAUACUAGCUUGUCUUGAAGGAGGUUAAAUAACGCUCCAAACUUGCGCU